GUAGCAAGGUGAGGUCAUAAAGCUGCCAGGAUGGAGAAGCCUAGUCCUCAGAGGCAAGGAUUCUGGGGCUUCCUAAGCUAGAGCUGGACUUUGGUGCUCAAGAGGCUUGGAGGAAACGACAGCUCCCUUCAUCAUGUGUGAGGAGGUAAAGGUGACUAUGCAGAAACACACGAAGAGCCUGGGGCAUAGCAAGGAGGACCUGAACCGGCUGAACCAGGCCAUCCAGCGGCUUACUGCAGAGGUGGGCAGCACCAAGAGUCAGCAAGCACAGCUCACCGCGGCACGCGUUUAUGAUUUUCACCCCCAGAGACUACGAACUCUAGUCUAUGAGGAAAAGCCCUGCCAACCAGAGAGAGCUAAGGGCCCAUCAGCUCUGCAGGAGGAGGGUUCCUCAGGCAGUGCUAAAGGCAAGCUGGCCUGGCUGGAGGCUGCCCUGCAGCGGGCUGAGCAGGACAUGGCGCGGCAGCUGCGCGCAUACCAGGAGCUGAUGAUCAUCAAGCUGGGCCUGGACUUUGAGAUCGCCACCUACCGCAAGCUGCUGGAGGGCGAAGAGAGCCGGCUUGGUCUGGGCUCUGGCGCAGGGAGCGUCACCCUGGGCAGCGCUGCGUCUGGCCCAUCUGUCUCUACCUCUGGCCCGGUCUGCCCGCUCCUCCCUGGAACCGUCUCUGGCGCCCUGGAAACCAGCGCCCCUGCCGGCGGUUGUGCACUCUGCAGUUUCCCUGGCUGUGUUGGUCACAGCAGCAGCGACAGUGACUCCCGCGGAUGUUGAAACCUUCCCACUCUGCUCCCGAAAGCCAAAAAACCCCAGCUUCUUCCCUCUUACCUCAGACACCUGCUCCCUUGGGGCUGGCCCUCACCUCACCUCACCUCUCCUUUUUGGUCCCCACCUUGGAGUGUAAGGUCUUGGAGCUUAGUUUACAGAACCUUGGCAGACUGUCCCCAGUGCAGACGACUUAGAUGCUGGUGCUAUUGGCAGGAUGGCCUGUGGCUUACUGGGACCCAGAAAUUUGCCCCUUGGAACUGCCCUACAGAAUCUCCCUCCAGAAACUCCUCCUUUGCAAUAAAAAGUUCUGCAGUGGUCUAAGCUG